AUGAACAGCGUGCUGUUUUUAAACAUUGAGGGUGACAUCCUGGCCCUUAGUGAAGUUAGUAGAAACCAGCUGCAUGAUCCUGGGUUUUUAUUCCAGGCUAAGAAAACAUUAAUAUCCGAUAUUCCAGUUUUAAACUUGCAGCAAGUAGUGGCAGCAAUAAAUGCAGGAAUCAUACCUUUAGGAAACACAUCUACUCAGAUCAGCCACUGGGACUUGGGAAGUUCCUUCUUCUUUGCUGGCACUGUUAUUACGACCAUAGGCUUUGGAAACAUCUCCCCACGCACACAAGGUGGAAAGAUAUUCUGUAUCAUCUAUGCCUUACUGGGAAUUCCUCUGUUUGGUUUUCUGUUGGCUGGUGUUGGAGAUCAACUAGGGACAAUCUUUGGAAAGGGAAUUGCCAAAGUAGAAGAUACCUUUGUUAAAUGGAAUGUGAGUCAGACAAAGAUUCGCAUAAUUUCAACAAUAAUAUUCAUACUGUUUGGCUGCGUGCUGUUUGUUGCUCUUCCUGCAGUUAUAUUCAAGCACAUAGAAGGCUGGAGCACACUAGAUGCCAUUUACUUUGUGGUUAUCACUUUAACUACCAUUGGAUUUGGUGACUAUGUUGCAGGAGGAUCAGAUAUUGAGUACCUAGAUUUUUAUAAGCCAGUGGUGUGGUUCUGGAUCCUUGUUGGUCUUGCUUACUUUGCAGCUGUCCUCAGCAUGAUUGGAGACUGGCUAAGAGUCAUAUCAAAAAAGACAAAAGAAGAG